AUACUUUGGUAACAAGAAACCGAGCUUACCCAACUCCUCACUUCAUCAUAAAAAUCAGAAUAUCCAUCCACUAUAAAUAAUACCUAACAACUCAAACCCUCUUAAACUAUUCUUAUUCCUAUUUCACUUUUUUUCACAUCUCAAUUUCUCUCCCAAAUCCCAAUUCUCAAUUCUCAUCGUAUUCUUCUUCCAUGGCUAACCAACCUGAAUCAUCCGAUUCCAAGGGAACGAAAAGAGACUUUAGUACUGCGAUUCUCGAGCGGAAGAAGGCUCCGAAUCGUCUCGUCGUCGAUGAGGCCGUCAACGAUGACAACUCCGUCGUCGCACUUCAUCCUGAUACUAUGGAGAAACUUUCACUCUUUCGCGGUGAUACCAUUCUGAUCAAGGGAAAGAAAAGAAAAGACACAAUUUGUAUUGCACUUGCUGAUGAAACAUGUGAGGAACCAAAGAUAAGAAUGAAUAAGGUUGUUAGAAACAAUCUUAGGGUUAGACUUGGAGAUGUUGUUUCUGUUCAUCAAUGUCCUGAUGUCAAAUAUGGAAAGCGAGUUCACAUUCUUCCUGUGGAUGAUACUAUUGAAGGAGUCACUGGGAAUCUCUUUGAUGCUUACUUAAAACCUUAUUUCCUUGAGGCAUAUCGUCCAGUUAGGAAGGGUGAUAUGUUCCUUGUUAGAGGGGGGAUGAGAAGUGUGGAAUUCAAGGUUAUUGAAUGCGACCCUGCUGAGUAUUGUGUCGUUGCACCUGACACUGAGAUCUUCUGUGAAGGAGAGCCUGUUAAAAGGGAAGAUGAGGAUAGGUUAGAUGAGGUUGGUUACGAUGACGUUGGCGGGGUUAGAAAGCAGAUGGCUCAAAUCCGGGAACUGGUGGAACUGCCAUUGAGGCAUCCACAAUUAUUCAAGUCUAUUGGUGUGAAACCACCAAAAGGUAUUCUGUUGUAUGGACCCCCUGGAUCUGGGAAGACUUUAAUUGCACGAGCCGUUGCAAAUGAAACCGGUGCUUUCUUUUUCUGCAUCAAUGGUCCUGAGAUCAUGUCAAAGCUGGCUGGUGAGAGUGAAAGUAAUUUGAGGAAGGCAUUUGAAGAAGCUGAGAAGAAUGCUCCUUCAAUCAUCUUCAUUGAUGAAAUAGACUCCAUUGCCCCAAAGAGGGAGAAGACAAAUGGGGAAGUCGAGAGGAGAAUUGUUUCCCAGCUCUUGACCCUCAUGGAUGGACUUAAAUCCCGUGCACACGUUAUAGUUAUCGGAGCAACAAAUCGUCCCAACAGCAUUGACCCUGCUCUUCGUAGGUUUGGAAGGUUUGAUCGGGAGAUAGAUAUCGGUGUACCAGACGAAGUUGGACGUCUCGAGGUUCUUCGCAUCCACACGAAAAAUAUGAAGCUUUCAGAAGAUGUUGAUCUAGAAAAGAUUGCUAAGGAAACCCACGGUUAUGUUGGUGCUGAUUUAGCUGCUCUGUGUACUGAAGCUGCACUUCAGUGCAUCAGAGAGAAAAUGGAUGUGAUUGACCUAGAAGAUGAAACCAUUGAUGCUGAGAUAUUGAACUCAAUGGCAGUCACAAAUGAACAUUUCUCGACUGCACUUGGAUCAAGCAAUCCUUCUGCUCUCCGUGAAACAGUUGUUGAAGUGCCCAAUGUCAGCUGGGAUGAUAUUGGUGGUCUUGAAAAUGUUAAGCGAGAACUCCAAGAGACUGUUCAAUAUCCAGUGGAACACCCUGAGAAAUUCGAGAAGUUUGGAAUGUCACCUUCAAAGGGAGUUCUGUUCUACGGUCCUCCUGGUUGUGGUAAAACUCUUUUGGCCAAAGCUAUCGCCAAUGAAUGUCAAGCAAACUUCAUUAGUAUCAAAGGUCCUGAGCUACUCACUAUGUGGUUUGGAGAAAGUGAGGCUAAUGUGAGAGAAAUUUUUGACAAAGCUCGUGGUUCUGCUCCAUGUGUCCUAUUCUUUGAUGAACUUGAUUCUAUAGCAACUCAGAGAGGUAGUAGUUCAGGAGAUGCUGGCGGUGCUGCUGACAGAGUUUUGAAUCAACUGCUUACAGAAAUGGAUGGAAUGUCAGCAAAGAAAACUGUGUUUAUUAUCGGGGCCACUAAUCGACCUGAUAUUAUAGACCCUGCUCUACUACGACCUGGACGUCUGGACCAGUUGAUCUAUAUCCCCCUUCCAGAUGAGGAUUCCCGCCAUAAUAUAUUCAAAGCUGCCUUGAGAAAAUCCCCCAUCGCAAAGGAUGUUGACAUCAAAGCUCUUGCAAAGUACACUCAAGGCUUCAGUGGUGCUGAUAUUACUGAGAUUUGCCAACGUGCAUGCAAGUAUGCUAUAAGGGAGAACAUUGAGAAGGAUAUUGAGAGAGAAAGAAGGAGAAGUGAAAAUCCCGAGGCCAUGGAAGAGGAUAAUGAAGAUGAGGUAGCUGAAAUCAAAGCUGCACAUUUUGAAGAAUCCAUGAAAUAUGCACGAAGGAGUGUAAGCGACGCUGACAUUCGCAAGUACCAAGCGUUUGCCCAAACAUUGCAGCAAUCAAGAGGGUUUGGAAGCGAGUUCAGGUUUGCAGACUCUAGUGCCGGCGGAACUGCUGCUGCUGCUUCAGCUGACCCUUUUGCAAGUGCUGGGGGAGCUGACGAGGACGACCUCUACAGUUAGUUUAAUGAUAUUUGCUAUCUUUUGUUCUGGAACAACAAUGCUUCCUAAUUUAUGUACCUUUUCAUUUGCUUGUAAGAAAUCUUCUUGCUUACAUUAUAUUACUUUUGUUAUUGCUCCGUAAAAGUUAUUGGUACAUCACUAGGUGUGAGCCUCUCUGAAGGUUUGAAACAAUUAUUUGGCCAGUUUCUGGGACCGUAUAUGGUCUCAGGUUCCA